CUAUUAAUUUUUAAAAAUAGAAAUGAAUAUUAUCUAUGCGAGAAAAAUAUAUAUAUAUUUUUAAUUUAGUAUAAAACUGGCUGUUUUGUUUUGUGUUCAAGAAGUGCCAGUCGUUGCUCUCUUAUCAGUUUAUAGCAACGUCAACGUCAUUGCGUAAGCAUAAAUUAUACAUCAGAAUAUAAUUACCAGUUAUAUCUGAAUAAAUGAACAUACAUUGUCAACAGUUUGUGAAUUUUAAUGUAUUAAAAGUCGAUAUAUUUAUUUAUUUGUAAAAUAUUAAUGAAAAGAACAGCUAUGGCGUUAGCUUGGAGACUAUCAUCAAUUGUCAAAUUAAGAACAGCUGUUGGCUUGAGAACGAGAUUAUUUUCAUUGAGUUAUGUGAAGCAUGGAACUGUUGUGCCAUUUAAACUGUCUGAUAUUGGAGAAGGAAUUCGUGAAGUUACUGUCAAGGAAUGGUUUGUAAAACCUGGUGAUAAAGUUUCACAAUUUGAUCAAAUUUGUGAAGUUCAAAGUGACAAAGCCUCAGUGACAAUAACAAGUCGUUAUGAUGGUUCAAUAAAAAAUCUCCAUUAUCAGAUUGACGACGUGGCACUUGUUGGUAAUCCUCUGGUUGAUAUAGAACUUGACAGUGUUAUUAAAGACACUGUUGUUGAAUCAACAGAGCCAAUAAAAAAAAUAACAAGUUCUACAUCAUCAAAACAAACUGAAAAUAAUACAGAUGAACAUGUUUAUGAAAAAACUAUUACAACACCAGCAGUUAGAAGAAUUGCUGCUGAAAAUUUUAUUGAUUUAAAAAAAAUAAUACCAACUGGUAAAGCUGGACGAGUAUUAAAAGAAGAUAUUAUUUCAUAUUUAGAAAAUAAAAAAUUAUCAGUAAAUAAUGAUAAAAAAAAUAAACAAUUAAAUAAUGAUGAAUUUGAAAUAAUUACAUUAAAAGGAUAUGAAAAACAUAUGUGGAAAUCAAUGACAAAAUCAAUUAGUAUUCCACAUUUUUCAUACUCUGAUGAAAUUGAAGUAACAAAAUUAAUUGAAUUUAGAAAUAACGUAAAGGAUAUUUUGAAAAAAGAAGAAAAUAUUUCAUUAUCAUUUUUGCCAUUUAUAAUAAAAGCUCUCUCAAAAGCCCUAGAAAAAUAUCCAAGACUAAAUGCAUGGCUUGAUGAAGAUUCACAAAGUCUUAAAAUUUUUAAAAAUCAUAAUGUUAGUAUUGCCAUGGAUACACCAAAUGGUUUAGUUGUACCGAAUAUUAAAAAUGUACAGAAUCAAAGCAUUGUUGAAAUAUCAAGAGAAUUAAAUAGAAUUCAAUUACUUGGUGAAAAAUCAUCAUUUUCAAUUGAUGAUUUAAGUGGUGGAACAAUUAGUUUAUCUAACAUUGGAAUUAUUGGAGGCACUUAUACAAAGCCAGUUAUUGCCUCGCCCCAAAUUGCAAUUGGUGCAAUUGGUAAAAUUCAAAAACUACCACGUUUUGAUGAUCAAGGAAAUUUAAUAACAGCAAAUAUUCUCACAAUAACAUGGUCUGCUGAUCAUCGUGUUCUCGAUGGUGUAACUGUUGCUAAAUUUUCAAAUGUCAUGCGUCAUUACAUGGAAAAUCCAUCACAUUUAUUAAUUUUAUAAUACAAAUAAUAAAUUACGGAAUAAUAAAUUCACAA